AUGCCGCCGAGGAUACCACUAUUGAGUGCCGCGAGGCCCGCUCAGACAUACUUCAAGGCCCAGGUCUGCCAAUUCUCCCAGUCAGGUGCUCGAAAUGCCCUCCGGGACAUUGGCCAGCCAAACUCCGGCUCGUCCCUCCUGGACCUCGACAAGCCCUCCUCACCCUCGUCGAGGCCAACACAGCGAAACAGCAAUGCCGCCAUGAAGUCCAUCUUCGAUCGGAUGCGCGUCUCGCAAAGGCGCGGCGGCGACCAAGCGCCCGCGGGCGAAUCCCUGCGGCCAAACGUCCAGGAGGAGCUGCGCGGCAAGAACAUUGCCGAGGACUACAUGCGCCAGCAGCCACGGCGGUGGAAGCUCGGCGACGUGUAUGCGCCGCGCGACUUGUCGUCCGCCGAGAUGUCGAAAUGGGGCAAGAUCUCGAAUGUUGAAAGGGACCUAGUCGACCUGCUGGGUUUGAAGCCGCUGGAUAUGUACAGGAACUUUUCCUUCAUCUCAGAAUUCACCACACCACACGGUCGCAUAAAGAAGGCUGCACACACUGGCCUGAGGCCAGUCAACCAACGCAAGGUUGCAAAGGCGAUCCGGCGAGCGAUUGGGCUUGGACUCCACCCCAGUGUACACAAGCACCCUGAACUCUUGAAGAGAGAGAGGCGUUUCAUGGGACCACAAACUAGAGCAACAGGCAAGAUGGGCAACUAUCUUUAA